CCGGCCCGGUCUCCAACCUCCGGAAACUGUGAUGAAAGCUGCAAUCACGGAGGGAUGAGAAAAGCGGAAGAACCUUGAUUGAUUUCUUCGAAAAAGAAAAAAAGAUCGAUUCGUUUUGAUUUUAUUUUUUUUAAAUAAAUAAAAUAAACUAGAGGAUCGCUGAGGGAGGAGAAUUAAUCCGAAUCGAGAGGAAAGAAGGCGACCCCCACCCUCCCUCCUCCGAGAAAGAAGCCACCAUGGAGAAGAGGGAAGAGGCCAGGAUGGCGAUGAAGCAACAGCCGGCUGAGAGCCGAGACUCAAAAGGGACCCUCCCGGAAGUGACACAGCACCCCCUGAGUGAACGGACUAGCCCUUCGCCCACCACAGUGCCCCUCACGAGGGAGACAGGAACACCCCAAUGCGACCAGUCUCCCUCUGCCCCCGCACGAUCAGCCACUCCUCUGCCAUCUGCGGCUGCUACUACAGGAGCCACAUCGCCUACCCAAAAUGGACGCCCUGGCGUCAAUACUGCUACAGUGACCCCGGCUGAAGCUAAGCCUUCCCUUCAGACUAACCAGGCCAGCCCCCUGCCUGCCACGACGCUUCCCGCUGUGGAGACCCUGCCCCCUAAGAGUGACCGCCCUCCACCUAUAGGUGCUCCGACGCCACCUCCUCCAGAAGAAACACGCCUCCAAGAAAGUGCCCGACCGUCACCCAAGGGUGAACAGCCUUCCCCUGCCCAGGGCCCUGUGAGCCCCCGGAAUAAACAAGAUACCCAGAAGGCUCAAGCCAGACACAAACUGGCCCGGGAGCGGCGAGAGGAGCGAGCCAAGCAUCUGGCUGCCAAGCGGGCCCUGUGGCUGGAGAAGGAGGAGAAAGCGAGAGUGUUGCGUGAAAAGCAGCUGGAAGAGCGGCGGCGGCGGCUCGAAGAGCAGCGGGUCCGAACUGAGAAGCGCCGCGCUGCCCUGGAGGAGCGCCAGCGUCAAAAGCUGGAGCGGAACAAGGAGCGCUAUGAAGCUGCCAUCCAGCGCUCAGCAAAGAAAACCUGGGCUGAAAUCAGGCAGCAGCGGUGGUCAUGGGCUGGUGCGCUGCACCACGGCUCCCCUGCUCACAAGGAUGGUGCAAGCAGGUGCUCUCUCUCUGCCGUAAACCUCCCCAAACAUGUGGACUCUAUAAUCAACAAGCGCCUCUCCAAAUCUUCUGCCACCCUCUGGAACUCGCCCAGUAGAAACCGCAGCCUUCAACUCAGUCCUUGGGAGAGCAGCAUCGUGGACCGGCUCAUGACACCAACGCUGUCCUUCUUGGCCCGCAGCCGGAGUGCUGUGACGCUUGCCGGCAACGGCAAGGACCAGGCAGUACCUGUGUGCCCCCGCUCAGCCUCCGCCAGCCCCCUCAGCCCCUGCAACAACCAGCGCUUGCAUCACCGGUGCUCGGAGCGACGGCGGCCAACAACCAGCAGCCCCGACGUGACGCCCCGGCGCAAGACUGAGGCCUCCCCCAAAAAAAAGGAGAAGAAAGAUAAGGACCGGGAAAACGCCCAAGAGAAAAGCGCCCUAGCCCUCCGCAAACGCCAGUCUAUGCCUCCUGGGCCGGCUCGUCAGCUGCGCACACCUGAGAGCAGCCCCAGCCCGAAGCCCAGACCUGCAUCUCCAGCUGUUUCCAAGCAGCGCCCAGCCUCGCCCAGCACCGGCCCCGGCUCUCCCCAUCGGCCAGGCUUGGCCCGCAGUGCCCAAUCCUCGCCCAAAGCGCGAGCCCGCAGGGAGCACAAUGGCCAGCCAAAGGUCCGCGAACGCAAGGAUGAGCCGAAGGAACGGGGGAGAAACUCCCCGGCCCCGAGCGAGACCCCCAAGGUCCCGGGGAGCAGCGAACCGGCACCAGAUGCCGCCGCUCCCUCUGCUGCUGCCAGCCAAGUGCCUGCUCCUCCUCCUCCGACAACUCCGGGCAAACCCAUGGCAGGCACCACAGACCGAGAGGAGGCUGCCCGGCUUCUGACGGAGAAACGGCGUCAAGCGCGGGAGCAGCGGGAGCGCGAGGAGCAAGAGCGCAAGGAGCAGGAGGAACAAGAGCGGCGCCUGGCGGAGGAGCGGGCCCAGCAAGAAGCCAAAGAACGGCUGCUGCAGCAGGCCGAGCAGGCCAGGGUGGAGGAAGAGCGGCGGCAGCACCAGGAGGAGCUCGCCCGCCGAGAGGAGCGCGAGGCCCAGGAGCGGGCCCAGGCUGAGCAGGAAGAGCAGGAGCGGCUGCAGAAACAGAGGGAAGAAGCGGAGGCCCGCGCACGGGAGGAGGCUGAGCGCCAGCGAGUGGAGCGGGAAAAGCAUUUCCAGCGAGAAGAGCGAGAGCGGCUGGAGCGGAAGAAGCGGCUGGAGGAGAUCAUGAAGAGGACACGAAAAGCAGAUGGAACUGAUGCCAAGAAGAAAGAUGACAAGAAACUUGUGAACGGGAAGGAAGGGAAACUAGAGGCCAAGACAGGUACAGGUGGUGAAAAACGCCCCGGAAGCCUUCCUAAGGAAGAGGAGCUGCCUGAGAUGCAGGCAUCAAGUCCGGCUGGUCGCAAGGAGCCUGGCCCUGAGGGAACGCAGCACAGCUCCCCCACUGCCCCGGCCCUGUCCCUGGUGAACGGUCUGCAGCCCGGCAAGCAUGAGAACGGCUUUUCCUCCGCCAAGGAGCCCAGUGGGCGGGAGCACCCCACAAGCCCCGGGCUGAGCAUGGCUGGCGAGCCCAUCCUGCCAUUCGCCAACAAGGAGCCCUUCCUCACCAAGGCCGUGGCCAAGGCCCCACAGAUCACAGAGGUUCUGUAAGCAGUGACGCGCCCUCCUCACCCCCAAAGGACGGAAGUAACGACGUGCCAAGUCCAGGCUAGCUCUAACCAGAAGAUGACGGCUCCCAACCCUGCAAGGACCGAGGCCACGCAGGGAGCCAGGCUGGGGUUAGCCCGGCCCCACGGACUCUCUCUUUCUCUUACUGUUCUCAUUUUAUGUUUUUUUUUUAAUAUGCACCUUAUCAGACUGGCCCCUUCCCAUAGCUCAUCCCACAAGACUAUAUAAUCACAUAGUUAUUUAACUGGCUGGGUGCAAAGGAUGUGAAUAAUGUACAUAAACUUCCAUGUCAGCACGGGGCCGCGCCAGCGGUCGCCUUUGUGGCAUUGCCCCCACACCUGUGCUCGUGGGAGACGCCUUUGGGUUUUUUUAUUUUUGGACGUGGGCAAGGCCAUGGCAGGGGAGAUGGGGUCCCUGCUCACGGUUGGGGUCUGAGUCCGAGUGUGUGUCUGUUACAGCCAACGGAAGGUAUCUAGAUCUCUAAUUUAAACUCUCACCAUGGGUCUCAGCCAGGAUACCUGCAGAAUUGUGUGUCUGUGUGCGUGUGUGCGUGUGCGUGCUCCGUUAGCCACUCAGCAACUGCUCUUGUCCAACACACUGUGCUUUGUUUGGGUGCUGCUAUUUCCACGUGUGUGGGUGUGCGUGAUGGUUGGGACCGUGUUGCGCUCAGUGUCAUUGUGACAGUAUUAUGCAUCUGAACAACCUUUUGUGGACAAUAAAGUGGAGAAAUGACAGG